AUGGUAAUAAGUAUGCACACUGCCAGUUUAAUGGAUGGUCGAGAUAUCAGCAGAAGGCACUCCCUUCAUCAGUUUGUUGUGCGUCUUGGACUGUACAUCAUGGAUCCAGCUACCUCGGUGAACCAGAUGGGGAUGGCACACGCUGUUCAAGUUCUCAAGUGGAACGAGAGCAUUUUAACGCCGCUAGGUAUCUGGCCUACCAAUCCAAACAACAUGAGGUUCACCCUGGCUCUGAGUUGUCUCGUAAUUCAAGUGGUUUUAGAAUUCGCAGAUCUUUUCCAAUCCGGUAACACCUUAGAGCAUAUCGUCGCGAAUCUCACGGAAAACAUUACAUUCACAACAAUUACGUUCCAAGUAAUUUUACUACGUUUGAACUGUCGACAACUUAAAGAAGUGAUCGAUACGAUGCGCGAGGACUUUCAUGAGGAAAAUUACAAAAGUUGUGAAGAAAGAAAAGUAUUCUUAGCUUACUACAAACAGUCCAGGAUGUUCUUUCUAACUGCAGUGCCAAUGGGACUUUCUACCGCUGUCACCAUGUACUUGGUACCGCUCGCUGGUAUACCAGGAAUGAAGAACAGAAAUGAGACCGUGAGAUUGAGUUUGCCGUAUCAAACGCGGAUGUUUCACGACGUCUCGGAACUUCACUCUUACGUAUUGACGUACGCCGCUCAGCUUCCGUUUGUUUUCAUCUCAGCUUUCGGCCACGUUGGUCCCGAUUGCCUGAUCUUAACCUUGAUGCUUCAUCUUUGUGGCCAGCUGUUCGUCCUGGUGGAAUGCAUCAACAACGUGGGCACUGACUAUCGAGAAUGCGGCCUAGCGAUAAAGAAGUGCGUCCAGAAGCACGUUAGGCUGAUACGGGUGGCGAAGAACUUGGAGGAGUCGUACAACGUUAUCCUAUUGAUACAACUCAGCGGGGGAACGAUACUCAUUUGCAUCCUGACCUACAAUGUCUUAGCGAAUACUGGAGCAGGACAAAAAGCUCACUUCCUUAAUUCCUCGUUGUACGUCCUCACCAUCUCGUUUUUGAUCUACGUCUAUUGCUUUAUGGGCGAAUGCCUUAUUCAAGAGAGUACGAGAGUGCAUCAUGCCCUGACUCAGCGCGAUUGGUCCGAGAUGCCACUAAAAUAUAACAAAAUGCUCAUCAUAUGCAUGGGGAGAGCCCAGAAGCCGCUAACACUGACGGCAGGAAAAUUUUACAUAUUUUCUAUGAGGAGCUUUGUCGUUAUGGAAAUGUCAUCUGCCGUUCAACUUCUGAAAUGGAACGAAAGACUCCUGUCCUUGCUGGGUCUUUGGCCACUCAGUGCUAACGAUACGCGGUUUACUCUCAGCCUGAGUUGUUUACUGAUUCAUGUAAUCUUAGAAUACAUAGACCUUUACCAAUUCGGUAACAAUUUUGAACACGUCGUGGCGAAUCUAUCGGAAAACAUAACGUACACGACGAUCGUCAUUCAAGUGAUUCUUCUACGUGUUAACAGCCGGCAACUCGGACAAAUAAUUCGGGCGGUUUACGAGGAUUUUGUCGACAAAAAUUAUAAAACAUCUGUAGAAAAAAAAUUCGUUUUAGAUAACUAUAAGAAGGCCCGGAUAUUCUUUGCAAUAGCAGUACCGAUGACACUUUCUACGGCAGUUAGUUAUUUCCUAAUACCUCUCGUUAAUCUGCUAGGAACCAUUGCUGUCACAGUGAACAGAAAUUCAACAGUGGAAUUAAAACUACCGUAUCACACGUAUAUAUUCUAUGAUGUGUCAAACGUUCAGUCUUACGUACUGACAUACGCUGCUCAUCUUCCGUUCGUAUUUUUCGCGUCUUUUGGAUACAUCGGCCCCAAUUGUUUUAUCGUCACCCUGACACUCCACGUGUGUGGACAACUGUCCGUCCUGGUGGAACGAAUCAAAAAUAUAAAUGCCGAUGGUCAAGAGUGUGGUCUGGCAAUAAAAAUUUUUGUUGAGAAGCACGUGCGACUAAUACGAAUAACACAGACUCUGGAGGAGGUGUAUAAUGUUAUCCUAUUGUGUCAACUCCUUGGAGGAACGAUUCUCAUAUGCGUCCUGUCCUACCACGUUUUAGCGAACGCUGAUGGAGAAAAAAAUUCUGAUUUCUUCAGUUUUACGUUGUACAUCCUCAAUGUGAUACUUUACAUCUUCGUUUACUGCAAAGUGGGUGAAAACCUUAUCAAAGAGAGUACUAAAGUACACGACGCAUUGAGUGCAUGUCGCUGGUAUGACAUGUCAUCAGUUCACGCCAAAAUGCUCAUCAUAUGCAUGGCCAGGUCUAAGCAGCCGCUCAUACUAACGGCUGGAAAAUUCUACACAUUUUCUAUGGGCAGUUUUGCAAAUGUAAUGAAAUCCUCGAUGGCGUACCUGUCAGUGUUGAGAAGUCUCCUUUAAUACGAUUAAUCGGAAAUGAUCUUGAUUUUGAAAUCGUGAUGAAAUACGUGAAUGAAUGUAGUGAACCUGAUAUACAGAAACAAGUACAUUCAGAGAUUCAAAACUUCGA